UGCACUUGUAAACGUGUGACUUUUUUCGUGAUUUUUUAGCAUGACAGAAGAACAGAAAAAACAAGCAGACUCAACGGAAGAGUAUGCAGAGUGUCCGGUUUUCGAACCGGAAAAAAAUCAGGGUGGUUUGUGGUUUUCUGAAAAUCCUAACCUUUUCUCGAGCGGUGCCACUUUAUCCUGCGCAGAAUCUUCACAAAAUAAAUCUCUCAAAGUAAAUUUUGACACACGUUCAAAGAAACUUCGCUUCGAUGUGAGACCCAAACCGAAACCCCAUCACAGAACCAAGGAACCAGUAAAACUGCCUAGAAUCAAGCCGAGAUAUUUUACAAGUGGCUGCGGAAUCAAUGAUCAAAAUCAGCGAGAUCUCCUUAACGAGCCAUCUCCCUUUGUCUAUCCGAAAGAUCAAGAGGAGAUUGCACACAAAGUGAUGACAAAGGCGUGGAGAUCAGAAUUGAGAAGAAAGGAGCUGUCCUAUAAAUAUAAUGAAAGGCACAAUUACAAAUCUCGGCAACAGGCUGAUAUGUUAAACAGAUUGUAUGUGAAGGAACCUCAAGUAAAGAGCGCUAAAAUGGUCACGGAUGUCGAUCCUGAGUUUUUUACGAUUGUAGAAGGAAGACCUAUACCUGAAAAGUUAAGGCUCAGAAAAUAUAUUGCAACUGUUCGCGAAGUUUUAAAAACUAAAAUUCUUACUGGAUACAGAGGUGACGACAUUAUGCUUAUAGAUGAAAGUUUAAUUCUUGAGCAGAAAGAAAUCGACAGGAUCAGAGCAAAUUAUCAAACGUAUGUUAACACGUUUGAGGAAUUUUUGUAUAAAGAUCAUACAGCAUCCAUGAACUUGUUAAAAGAAUCUGAUCGUGAAGCAAUGUUAGCUCAAGAAAAAUAUGAAGAAUAUAGAAAGUUAUCAAGGGAGUAUGGGGCGUUAAAAUCAAUUCUGUACAGCACCGAGGAAAAGUGGAGAAGCUGUAAACUGUAUCAAAGAUUUCUUUACUUGGUAAGUCCAAUGGCAUGGAGGGAAGAGUACGAUUACUAUUAUAUCCAAGAGGGAGACUUAACUGCUUUUCAAGAGGUGUCUUCAAUUUUUGCCAAAUAUAGGUUAAACGUGACUGACGAAACCGCGUCUCUGGAAGAUCUCAUUACCCAAUUUAGGAACGACUGUGCUCAACAAAAAGAACCAGCUCUUUAUUUUACUGAUCCAAAUCAGCUCCUCGACGUGUUUAGGUUUAUGGAAUUACAAAAUCUGAACUCCCUCUUACAUUCUGAAGAACUAGCUGCUCCUUUGGAAAACGUAAAAGAAGGAAUGGCUAGAGCUGAGGAAUUAUUUAACGCUGAAAUCAACGCUCUUCAAGAACUUAUUGACAAACUUGCUGGUGGAAUUUCCUGGGAAGAGGAACGUGCCAGAUAUCUGGAAGAAUUAGCCCUCGAACUAAUUAACGGCCAAUUCAAGAAUUUAGUCGUUGCCGAAGAAGUCUUAAACCUUUACGUUUUUGUCGAAGAUGUAUACGAAACGCGAAUCGGUCCAAACGAUGCUAAUCUAACCAUGAGCGAAAUGAUGAAAAUGAUUGAAUCGAAAUUUCGCGAAGAACUUAUUAGUUUGGAUCAAAUGCCAUCAGAACAAGUGGCACAAUUGGAAGUUAGUUGCUACAGAGAAGAGGCUAAAAUGAUGAAGGUGGCGCAACAGGCAGCCAGACAAUUAUUAGAAUUUGAGAUGCUCUACCAGAAACUGCAGAAAGUAUUUUCACCUCCUCAUAGAAGAGGUGGUAGAGAACUUAAAUGGAGAUCACCACCUGUAAAUCCACCAAAACCAGUGCCUCCACAACCCAGAAUGUUGACUGAAGAAGAAAAAGAAUUUCUUGAAUUCUUUUCAGAAUAUUGCAAAUACACGGACAAUUUAGAAGAUUAUGGGAUUAAUAUUUCGCCUCAAGAACAAGAAACCCAACAACAGGAAAGUAAACAAACUACAGAAAAAGUAUCUAAACUUCGUCUGCAUGACUAAAUUUAUUAUACUCAAUUUAUCAAAACACAAUAAAAAAAUUUAAGUUGA